CGCAUAAUAUUGUAACAGUUUAUGUAACUGGUGUCUUUUAGAGGAUGUUGGGACUAUAAAUGUAUCCGUGUUAAUGUCACAGGAGAAUUUAGGAGUCGGUCCAUGCUGUGACUGGCUGCACUGAGAUCAGCUGAAUGUCGACGGAUAUAGCUUUAAAAAUGCGAGGAAAACCUUGAAGUGAACGGCGUGUUGUAUUUGUUGUGAAUGUCGUAAUUUGGCUUUGACGCGUCAGAAACAGUUUGACAGCGCUGUAGCGCCUCGCUGACUUCUCUAGAUGAAAGUUUGAUUCUCCUGGAAAUUGUUGAGGUGUAGUGUCGGGCUUCCCUGCCGACUGCGACAUCGCCCCGUCGAUGUAUUUCUGCUUUUCCAUUCCGACCUAUUCGACUCGGUCGAGAGCAGAGGUCUCGUGUGUGUGUGUGGCCGUGUCUCGCUCUGUGGUGGCGGGCACAACUAGGCCUUUAGCCGAACUAUUUCACAAAAUGAUUUCCUUUGUCGCAGCCCGACAAGGCUAAAAAUAACGCUCGACUGCAAACAUUAGCUGAGGUCAGAAUUGAGCGUUGUGAAAGGGGAAAACGCUCCGCUGAUAAGCACGAUAAGUUCAUCAAUAACAUCCACACAGUGGCGAUUUAAACUGAUGAAUCAAUUUAACCCGGGUCAACAUCUAGUCCAGGCCUGGUAGUUAAAACGACGGAAGCGUGUAUGGACUCUUUGACUGCACCGUGGGAUUCAUACUUGCAGUCUCGACAUGCACCGUUCACGUAUGUAGAAAACGGCUCGGUAUGUCGGAUGAAGAUUCCCGUGCCAGCACCAGCUCUUCCUCCUCUUCAUCCUCAACUCAUCAGCAGCAGCAGCAGCAGCAGCAGCAGCAGCAGGACGCGAACCCCUCAAAGAAACGAGAAAGCAAAGCCAGCAUGAGCAAGACCUCCAAACUCCUCUCUACUAGCGCUAAAAGAAUUCAGAAGGAAUUGGCUGACAUUACAUUGGAUCCGCCUCCAAACUGCAGCGCCGGUCCCAAAGGAGACAACAUCUAUGAGUGGAGGUCGACCAUCCUGGGCCCUCCCGGCUCCGUGUACGAGGGAGGAGUGUUUUUCCUGGACAUCGCCUUCACACCAGAUUACCCCUUCAAACCACCCAAGGUGACGUUCCGUACGAGGAUCUACCACUGUAACAUCAACAGUCAGGGGGUGAUCUGUCUGGACAUCCUGAAGGACAACUGGAGUCCUGCCCUCACCAUCUCCAAGGUCCUACUGUCCAUCUGCUCCCUGCUCACUGACUGCAACCCUGCCGACCCUCUGGUUGGAAGCAUCGCCACACAGUACACAACAAACAGACCCGAACACGACAGGAUAGCCAAACAGUGGACCAAACGCUACGCCACAUAAUCACAGAGGCGCUGCUGGUUCGAUCACUCGGGGAUGUGGGGGUGUUGACCCGGGGGGCGUGGCUCCCAGCGGAGGAGGGAGGAGGGGCGGGUGGAUUUUUAUCUCUGAAUUGAAGUCUUAACUCCUGAUAUUUUGUUGUUAAUUGUAUUUUUUUUUUUUAUUAUCUCCAGCCCAACUAUAAUUAAAUCUGGCAAUAAUGCUUUUAGUGUUUUCUCUUUGAAUUUUUAGCUUGUGCUUGAAGGUGGACAUUAAUACUAAACUGCUAAAUGAAAUGUGUCACAGCAUGACUCCCAGUCAAUUAUGUCAGUGUAAAUUCUCAUGUAUUAAGUUCCGGUUGGUGUUUGCUUCCCCCUCCAAACUCCUGGUCUUUGAAAAGGUGUUUUACACAUGUAGACAUGUUUAGAUAUGGAUGGAUAUUGGUUGUGAUUUGUGUUCUGUACUGAUAAAAAGCUGUUCUGUUUCUCCCUUAAGAAUUAAACAUGACCAACUGAA